GUCUCCUCUGUCUCUCUCUCUCUCUCUCUCUCGCAGCAAGGGGAAGCUUUCUUCGACUGUGAGUCUGUGACGGUGCGUGAACUUCACGCUCCGGUGAUACCACCUAAGGUCAUCAUACAAACCUCAAACUGGUCCAGGUUUGAAGAGAAAAAUGUUGCCCAGGGGUGCUAUUGAUAAGAUCCAAGGAAAUGUGAGCAAGCCUUGCUUCUGGAAGUCUCUCUCCCCAGGACAGAAUUGGAAAUCUAAGCCCAUGAGGAUUAUUCCAGAAGAGUUUGUGAGAAGAACGCCUGGGGCUUUUGAGCACAGAGUGGUGUUUAGUGUUCGUUGGGAAAAUUCCUGGCAACUCUGGCUGGAGCGAGAGAAGAACGAGCUGUUUAUGAUAGAAGAGGAUUGGAAUGAGUUUGUAGAUGACAAUCACUUAGGUCCAAAUGAUAAUUUGUUCUUCAGACACGAUGAGACGAUGAAUCUUGAAGUGCAAAUCUUUAAGAAUAAUGGGGACGAGAUCAUCGAUGUACCUCUUGAAGUUGAACCCGAAACAGAACCAUUUCAUCCUACGCCCAAGAAAUCUCACAGGGAGACAACCGCUGCCUCUGCCUCUGUCUCAGGCGGCUCUGCAAAUGGAGGAACAAAUUGCCGAGGAAGACAGCGUUCUAAUGAUGUCAAAAACCCUGAGCGAUACCUCUUGAAUCCCGAAAACCCUUACUUUGUGCAAGCGGUGACAAAAAGGAAUGACGUUCUGUAUGUGAGCCGACCGGUAGUUCAGACGUAUAACUUGAAGUUUGGUCCGGUUAAGUCCACCAUUACCUACCUUCUUCCCGGGGGAAAAAAAGAGGAAGGAGAAACUAAGAUCUACAACGGGCAACCUUGUUUCAGUGGCUGGUCGGUUCUAUGUCGAAGGCACAAUCUGAAAAUCGGAGACUCGGUGGUUUGUGAACUUGAACGCUGUGGUGGUCUGGUUACGGCUGUUAGAGUGCAUUUCGUCAAUAAAUACUAGACCAAUCCUCUCUAGUAGUAACAAAAAUGUUAUUAAUAACUUUCAUUAGUAAUGCUUAAAUGUGACAAUCAUGUUUUAGUUUAACGAACUUCUAUGUUUUUAGAUG